GCAACAAGUGAUUUACCACAUUAUACAAUACAUUUAGGUGAUAUUUAUUAUGUUGGUUUACCAACAGAAGUUCAACAUUGUUGUCUUGGUAUUAAACCUAGAUGGGCUGAACAAGGUGUUCGAUGGCCAAUUGGACAAAAUGGAAGUUUUACAAUACCUGGAAAUCAUGAAUUAUAUAGUCGUGGUUUUGGUUAUUGGGAUUAUUUUCUCCCAACAGUUGGAUUAUUUAAUCCUCAAGAUUUAACAAAACCUAUACAAUCACAAAAAACAUCAUAUUGGGUACUUGAAAAUGAUCAAUGGAGAAUAAUUGGAUUAGAUUCUGGUUAUGAUUCAUAUUCAUUAUUAUCUAUAGAUAAUUCAGCAAUUAAAUUUCCAUCGAAACUAAUGGAUUGGCUUAAAAAUGUUGUUGGUCUUAAUCCACAAAUGACGGAUAAACGUGGAUUAAUCUUUUUUACACAUCAUCAAGUUGUUAGUGCAUGGAAUGAAAAACCAAAUACAGAUUUUCCAUCCCAAAUCGCAUCAUUAUUACCAGAAGGACGAACAGUUUUGUAUUUAUGGGGUCAUGAACAUCGAUUAAGUUUCUAUGAGAAACAAACAAUUAUACCAUCGACAAUAUCAAAUAAAACUCUUACUUUCUAUGGUCGAUGUAUUGGCAAUUCUGGUUUUCCAACAUUGGCUAAAGAACUUCCAGUCAAAGCUCGUGAAACAAAAUUAUUAUGUUAUGACGAUCGACUAUAUCAUAUUCAUGACAAUCUAUUUUUGCCUGAUGUACCAUUAGGUUACAAUGGAUAUGCCACAAUGGCAUUUGUAUGUCCAAAUAAGAUAGAUGACACAAGUUUAUACAUGAGUUAUAAAACAUUAAGUUUAAAAAAAGAUGGACAAUUAACUCAUGAAAAUCCAACGACACUUGUUAAUGAACAAUGGUCAGUUGAUUCAAAUGGAAAUGUUGUUCUCAUCAAACUAGAAUCUGUUAGUGAAGAGCUUACACAAGCUAUACAUACAGAUACCAACCAAAAUGGAUUAACAUUAGAUCAUCAAUCAUGUUGCUGUACAACCUUAUAA